AGUCCAUAGCUCUACGAGGAUGGAUUCGAGCUCUUCUCCUUCGAGCACGAUCUCCGUGAAGGGUACAAUCCCCGUGGCUUCAACUUUCGUCUCUCCUUCGAUCAAUUUCCCUUCGCCUCCGGCCAAUGCUUCCUUCGGCGACCGGAAACCCAUUGCUCUGUGGCCGGGAAUGUACCAUUCGCCGGUGACAACCGCUCUGUGGGAAGCCAAGUCGAAGAUCUUAGUGAGACAGCUCGACCCGCCGAAAGACGCGCCUCCGCAGAGCGCCUUGCUUACGAAAACUCCGUCGCAAAGCAGGACGUGUAUACUGUAUAACUUCUCCUCUGAUUUUGUACUGAGAGAGCAGUACAGAGAUCCAUGGAAUGAGGUUCGGAUUGGGAAAUUGCUUGAAGAUCUUGACGCCCUAGCGGGAACUAUUUCCGUCAAGCACUGCUCUGAUGACGAUAGCACGACAAGGCCUCUGCUACUGGUCACUGCUUCUGUAGACAAGAUUGUCCUGAAGAAGCCAAUUAGUGUUGACAUUGAUCUCAAAAUAGUUGGUUCUGUCAUAUGGGUUGGCCGAUCCUCAAUUGAGGUCCAGCUUGUGGUAUCUCAGUCCAAAGAAGUUGCAGAGGGCUCUAAUGAUUCAGACUCUGUAGCACUCACAGCCAACUUCAUAUUUGUUGCACGGGACUCAAAAACUGGAAAGGCAGCUCCAGUUAAUCGACUUUCGCCUGAAACUGAACCUGAGAAGUUACUUUUUGAACAACGUGAGGCAAGACAUAAUUUUAAGAAAAGGAAAAGAGGAGGGGAGUGGAAGGAUUUGGAGAAUGGAAAUCUAAAUAGACUCAAAUCUCUGUUGGCAGAGGGAAGAGUUUUCUGUGACAUGCCUGCCUUGGCUGAUCGUGACAGCAUUCUUCUGAGGGAUACCCGCCUUGAGAACUCUCUAAUCUGCCAGCCUCAGCAGCGGAACAUCCAUGGCCGAAUCUUUGGAGGAUUUUUAAUGCAUAGAGCAUUUGAAUUGGCUUUCUCAACAGCAUAUGCUUUUGCUGGAUUGGUUCCAUGCUUUCUUGAAGUUGAUCAUGUUGAUUUCUUAAAGCCUGUUGACGUCGGGGAUUUCUUGCGUUUCAAGUCCUGUGUUCUUUAUACCGAACUUCACGAUCCAGAUCAGCCACUGAUCAAUGUUGAAGUUGUUGCUCAUGUUACUAGACCUGAGCUGCAAUCUAGUGAGGUAUCAAAUACUUUCCAUUUCACUUUCACAGUACGUCCUGAGGCAAAGGCAAUGAAAAAUGGCUUGAAACUUCUAAAGGUAGUACCAGCUACAGAAGAAGAAGCUCGUUUAAUAUUAGAGCGCAUGGAUGCUGAUAGUGAUAGUUUGCAAUGAUCUUGAGAAGGAUCAUUUGUACGCUGGUGAAUUAAACAAGAAUUGGCAGGAAGAGAAAAUGGGGUAAAGCUAUAAUUAGGUUUUAACUUAAGGAGAAAAAGUGUAAUUCCCCUGCUUAUUUUACCACGGUCCAUUGAUAAUGCUAGUAUUUUGCAGCGCAAGUACUUUCUGCUCCGAUCCCUACCAUGGAACACAUCCUCUACCCAACGUGAGAGGGAGGGUUGGAUUUGGUCCGAAAUGUUAUGCCUAAUUAUUUCAAGGGUUAUAAUUAAUUUAUUUAUGUAAUUU